UGAUAGAGGGCGGUAUACACGAGCAACGAUACCCACGCGUUUCCAGAAAUUUUCAACAUGGCCAAACAUCAUCCAGAUUUGAUUUUCUGUAGGAAGCAGGCUGGCGUUGCCAUUGGCAGAUUGUGUGAAAAGUGUGAUGGCAAGUGCGUCAUCUGUGACUCGUAUGUGCGUCCCUGUACGCUGGUGCGUAUAUGUGAUGAGUGUAAUUAUGGCUCUUAUCAAGGACGAUGUGUGAUUUGUGGAGGGCCAGGGGUGUCAGAUGCUUACUACUGCAAAGAGUGUACAAUACAGGAAAAAGACCGAGAUGGCUGUCCCAAAAUUGUCAAUUUGGGCAGUUCCAAGACCGAUUUGUUCUACGAAAGGAAGAAGUAUGGCUUUAAGAAGAGAUGACAUCACUUCAGAGACACAGCCGUUUUGACCAACAUUAGGAACCUGUAAACCAAAUAAUGUGGUAUUAACAGUUAUUAUCAAACAUGCAAUCCAAGUAAUGCACCAUGACCGUGGAGGAAUAAUAUUUAAUCAGUGAGCCCCAACUCGUAGGGACCAUCAACAGAUCAAUGAGCUACAACUUUUGGGAAAAGUGGAACAGUUGGCCCGAACUCUUAAAAUAUCAAAUGUUCCCACUCUCAAGUGUUUUGGUUGCUUGGUACUCCAUCAGGUCUUGAAUGACCAGAUUCUCUCUAGACAGCAGUACAAAGCUAGGCUGACAUCAGACUGUGCCAAGAUUUUCAUGGACAAUUUAGAGCUUGACCCUUCAGUUUUUCUAUUGACAUGUACCUGCGUAGUUUUUAUAAGGGCACUUCACACUGAUGAGGUACAAUCGGCUGCAUAUUGGGGAUGGAAUGGAGAGGAUGACACCGUAGGGCACAGCAAAGCAAGAUAUUUUGUUCCACGUUUUCCAAGGCCUUAUAAUUAUCAUCUGUACAAAAUAGAAGAUUUGUCUCUGUACUUCAUAACAUAACUUACAUAACAUGGAAAGAAUUUUUUGCUACAAAGAGACAGGACGUUUAUUAUCAUUUGCAUGAAGUUAGCCAAAUUGCAUUUUGUUUAAAAUGUAAGCUAUUUAGGAUAACUAACAUCUAAAAUAAGCACCGUUCUCUUAGUUUGAAGACACUUACCGGUAUGUGUAACAUACAUGUAGGCCUACUGUACAUGACAUGGACGGAAAUUUGUGACAAAUUUCUGCCUAUGUUACGUUCAUAAUAUUUUGAACAUAACACCCUGCUGUGACAUGUAAAAAAUUGCUUUGGAUUUUUGCAGGAAACAUUAUUGUAGGGAGAGGAAUUAAAAAGGACAGGAUUUUGUGAAAUAUUUCUAUUGUAAUUUUUAUUGUGUCAGUAUUAACAUAUUCUUGGUCCAUGUUACAUGCAUUGCAUCCUGUUUCUGAAGAAAGCAAACAUAUCCUGUAACAGUGAGCUCAGUUUUUCAACUGUGGAGCAAGAAUUUACUGGUGCAAGGGGAAAAUGGGACCUGUCGCUUGAUAUUAUCCUGAUUUAUUUCCCAACCCUACACAAUUGUAUCCUAUUGUGAAAAGACCCAUUGUAUUUGGCGUGCAUAAUUUGUCUAAAGAUGAUAGAAAUUCUCGUAGAUUUGGCAUGUGUGCAUGGGCAUAAACAGAAUUACGUGAUGAAGCUUU